UCUUCCCCUUGGUUACUGUGUAGCGGUCUUCGCCCUCAACAUGUAACGUUAUCUCGGAUAACUCUUGUAUGUGGUGUGAUCCGUGUUGGUAAAAUGUUAAGUUAACUGACUUCGGGAUGAAUUAAUGGUGGUGAACCUAAAGCAGGAUGGGCGACUCAUUAGGAAAUGAAGCAGAUUUUCUUGGAAUGAUCAGUGAGUAUCUGGGUUUCGGUGAAUUUGAAGAAACAGCAAAAGAGUUUGAGAAGGAAUGUAAAAACAAGGGGAAGCCAUUCCCCAAAUAUCAAGGGAAUACAGGUCAGGAUUCCAGAACCCUCAUCAUUCAGAAAGACCUCAUAAGCUCAUUCGAGGAUGGAGACUACAAGGUUUUCUUUGAGCUGUGGAAUGAUAGUGUUCCCGCCGAUGUCCGUGAUGGCCAUCCCACCGCUCAGAAGCUUGAGUUUUACCUGCACAUCCAUUUUGCCAUCUAUCCUCUGAAGCAUGGCCUUGGAAUGCCACGGGACCGAGGAGAUUUCGACGAGCGGAUCACCUUCUUCAAACACUUUCUGGAGACCAGAGGCUCAGCACUGAGUCAGACCACAGAGUUCCUGCCAUUCUAUGCCCUGCCAUUUGUACCCAAUCCUGUCACUCAUCCGUCUUUCAGGAACCUUUUCCAGGAAUCCUGGAUCCCAGAGAUGAAGGAGAAACUGGAGAACUUCCUCUCCACAACACUAAAGGCGUCCAAGACUCCAAGACUGGUGACCUUAUAUAGGGAAGGCUUCGCACUUGACAAAGUGCAGCACCUCCAUCUGCAGCUGGGUGAGGCGGAGAGGAAGGCCUCCACAUACCUGAGAAAGUUCCAGAAGAUGCAGGCUGACUACCACAACCUCAUCGGCGUCACGGCUGAGCUGGUUGACGCACUGGAGGCCACCGUCAGUGGAAAACCGAUCUCCCCCGAGUAUCUCCAGGGGGUGUGCGUUCGUCUCUUCAGCAACCAGAUGAGCCAAAGCGAUGCCCAGAGCGUGGACUUCACCCGGCCUGGAACUGGAUAUUACUCUAUGAGCCCUUAUGACAAUGAUGAUGGAUAUGCCUCCUCUAUGCUGCGUGCCUCCAUCGCUCCCCCGCAGCCUAGAGAAGUGCCUCUACUGCCAUCACUGGACUAUGACAAGCUCAAGACAGACCUGACCAAUGGCCCGGACAGGAUUCAGGCUCUCCUGCUGCAAGCACUGCGCUGGAGGCUGACUCGAUCUGUCCAUGGUGAGCAGCGUGACACUGUCCUUCAGGCCUUCAUCAGCAACGAUCUCCUGGAGCGCAGCAGCAGCCCCAGCAAGAAGAGGGUGCUUGACUUGCUGAGGUCGAAGAAUGAGGUUGUUCGUCAGUACAUGGCGCGACUCAUCAACGCCUUCGCCUCCCUGUCAGAUGGCCGCUUGUACCUGUCUCAGAUCCCCUCGCUGCUGAAGACUCUUCUGGACUCCUUGAAAUCGGAGGAGAAGGAUUCAAUGAUCAGGGAGAAUAUCCUGGGAGCCCUGCAGAAACUCAGCCUCAGGCGGGCACAGCAGACGGCUAUGAUCAGCGAUGGGCUGAUUGACUGGCUGGUGGACGAGCUCCAGGACUCGGACUGUCUGACGGACUAUACACUGGAGUAUGCUGUCGCCCUGCUAAUGAACCUGUGCCUGCGCACACAAGGUAAAAGGAAGUGUGCGGCGAAUGGCAAACAUGUCCUGAAGGUUCUGACUGACCUCCUGGGCCACGAGAAUCAUGAGAUCCGACCUUAUGUGAACGGAGCUUUGUACAGCAUAUUGGGCAUAUCAACUGUUCGCGAAGCAGCCAAAGAAAUGAGUAUGGAAGAGAUCCUGUGCUGCUAUAGCAAAGAGGAGAACGUUGAGCUCAACAGGCAGAUAGAGUUUAUCAUCAAGCAACUCAACUCAGGUGAUGCCCUGGAAGACAGUCCCGAGUCAGAUGAUGAAGAAGAGGAUGAUGAUGAUGAGGAGGACGCCAUGGAGGCAGAUCUGGACAAAGAGGAAGUGCUCCAGCCGCAGCCAAAGGAACUGUUCGGAGAGGCCUUGCUGACUACAGAAUAUCUGGGGAUCAUGACCAACAUGGUGAAGACAAAGAGGAGGUCUGGGCCGCCUGCGGGCCAGAGCCUAGACGAGCCCUUGCAACGUCCCGUGACGCCCAGCUCUCAUCGCCACACAGUAGACUCCAGGCGAGAGGGAGAUGCCCCCCUCAUGCGGCAGCGGAGCCGGGACAGCUUGCCCUCCUCCAGGUUCGGCUCUCGCCCCCCCACCAGGAGCGGCAGCCGGCCCAGCACCGGAGACUCCCUACACCGCACACUCGUGUCUGAGUCGGAGUGCUGGCGUUCGUCCCAGGAGUCUGGACUGGAGGAGCUAGUGGGGGGGGCACAGCAUCCCCAGCCGCCCACCAACGGACACUCCAGCAGUGAGUCCGUCCCUGCGUUUGCAAGCCGGCCCAAGAUUCCGCGGACGCCCGACAGUGACGCGGGUGCGAGGCGUCGCUCCUCCCCGCUGCUGGCCCCCCAGUUCUCUCAGUGCGAGCCCCAGCAGAGCAGCCGGCCUGGGUCCACAGGCUCCAACGCACGCAGCCAGCGGCUCAGCAGCCUGUCGAGUAGGAAGUGAGGAGGUCUCUUUCAGCAGGAGCGGGCCUAUCUCCAGAGGGGAGCAUCCAGCUUCCUGAAACAGCAUCCGCGCCCCUUAUCAGGGUCAGGCCCGGCAGAGAAUCCUCCAGAGCCGCUGGAGGGGGGGAGGAAGGGGGGAUAGGAGCGGGAGCACCUCCAGAACAAUGCCCAGGAUUGUAGCCCCCACCUCCACCUCCUCCUCCUCCUGCUCCUCCUCCUUGACUCCCCCCUACCGGCCCCGCAACUCUCCAGCUCCUCCUAUCAACCCCUCCACAGAAGAACUUCUGUAACAUAACACGCUCCAGCAAUAAUCACAACAAGCACCUUUUUUUUUACCCACCGCCACCACCCGCCCCCAGCCCGCUUUCUUUCUUUCUUCCAUGCUCACCUCCACAACCCGCCUCUUUACUAGCAAAGCUCUGCUGGUCUGCCGGUCUGCCUACCUGCACAACUCCACACCUCUCUUUUUGUCCCCAUUCUCUUCUGAGACAAUGGCUACACGCACAAUGUUAAUUCCCAUCCAUCAACUUGCUGAAUUCCAGAGAGAUUCUGUAUUUUUUCCUUGUCCUUCAAUAUCUUAGCUAUUACACUUUUUUGCCAUAAUGAAUGCAGCUAUUAGUCGCCUUUUGUUUACAUUUCAACUCUGCUUUUGACAAGUUCGUCCGUCCGUCCGUCCGUCCAUUCGUGUUGGCUGAAGCUGGUCCUUUUUGCGCAACUGAUGGAUUUUGAACACUCUCUCAGGUGUCAAUAAAAGCUUGAUUGGUUGUACGUAUUA